AUGGUGCACUGUGUGGCAUUUGGAUGCCGUAACAAAAGUGACGGUGGAACGAAAGGUUUUUUUCUAUUCCCGAAGGAUGAUACUUUUAGGAAGAAGUGGACAAAUGCCGUGAAAUCAUUGAGAAAUGUGAACGGAACGUUAAAGCCAUUUGUGCCGACGAAAACUUCACGUUUGUGCUCUAGACAUUUCACCGACGAGUCAUUUGUACAUCCACCGAGUAUAAUGAACUCAGUUGGUUUGACUUUGAAACUACAGCUUGUUAAAGGUGCUGUCCCUACAAUUUUUCCAGAAAUUGAAGAGUUUAAAAACAACAACAAACCUUCAUCAGUAAGCCACCUAGGGCCACCAAAGAGGAAAAGGACAUCCUAUGGAGGCUUUGAGAAAAGGAAUAGAAAAUCGCCCCCAAAUUUGAGCUGCAAAGAAGUUAAAUUUCAGAAAGGGCUCAGUCAGUGGGCCACUCAAGAGACUGUUCUCAUGCAGGAUUACAGAAGGUAG